UGCCUAAACACAAACUCUACCUUCCCUCUUCAAGAGGAAGCUUCAAAAGCGUCAUUUAAUGCCCUUAUAAAGUCCAGUUUUUCAUAGCAUUGAGCUUCAAACAAAAGAAAGCUGCUUCACAGAAAUGGGCAGCCAUAGCCAAUGCUUGACAGCUGCAGCCUUGGGUUUGGUUUUUGUAUGUGCAUUGUUUGUAAGUGGUGGAAAUGCACAAGAAGCAACCACUCUUGUUCCAGCCAUCAUGACCUUUGGUGACUCUGCAGUUGAUGUGGGCAACAAUGACUAUCUCCCAACUAUCUUCAAGGCUAAUUACCCUCCAUAUGGAAGGGACUUUGUCAACCAUCAGCCUACUGGCAGGUUUUGCAAUGGGAAGCUAGCCACUGACAUCACAGCUGACACUCUGGGGUUCACGACUUACCCACCGGCAUAUCUUAGCCCACAGGCAUCAGGGAAGAACCUUCUGAUUGGAGCCAACUUCGCUUCAGCUGCAUCCGGUUACGACGAAAAAGCAGCAACUCUAAAUCAUGCAAUCCCAUUGUCCCAGCAGCUACAAUAUUUCAGGGAAUAUCAGGGUAAGCUGGCCGAGGUAGCAGGCAGUAAGAAAGCAGCAUCCAUCAUCAAGGAUGCACUCUAUUUAUUGAGUGCUGGCAACAGUGACUUUCUUCAGAACUAUUAUGUCAACCCUUAUCUUAACAGAGUCUACACUCCUGACCAAUAUUCCUCUAUCCUUGUUGGCCUCUUCUCAAGCUUUGUUAAGGAUUUGUAUGGCUCGGGAGCCAGGAAAAUUGGUGUGACUUCACUCCCUCCAUUGGGUUGCCUUCCAGCUGCAAUCACCUUAUUUGGAUACCAUGAGCAAGGGUGCGUGGCUAGAAUCAACUCUGAUGCCCAAGGGUUCAAUAAGAAGAUAAGCUCCGCCGCAGCAAAUCUCCAAAAGCAACUUCCUGGCCUUAAGAUCGUCAUCUUCGACAUUUUCAAGCCUCUCUAUGAUGUGAUUAAAGCCCCAUCGAAUUACGGGUUUGCGGAAGCAAGGAGAGGUUGCUGUGGAACUGGGAUUGUAGAGACAACAUCACUGCUGUGCAAUCCAAAGUCGAUCGGAACUUGUUUGAAUGCGUCUCAAUACGUGUUCUGGGAUAGCGUCCAUCCAUCUCAAGCUGCUAAUCAAGUUCUUGCUGAUGCAUUGAUUAUCCAGGGCAUCACCCUCAUUGGAUGAAGAUAUAUAUGGAUCUUUCUGUCUCUUUAAAAUGUUGAAGACUGCUACUACUUGCUUUUUAGGUUACUAUGUUUACAAAGAUAGUGAUGCAAAAGCUUAAUAAGUUGCAUGCAAUUUGUUAAUUAAUUACAAAAGAAGUUUGUGAAGAUCAACAAAUGGUUCAGAAAUCUA